AUGAGUCGCCUAAGCCAUCUUGUAGAUGAUCAACAAACAGAAAAUGAUUCAGCAAGACAUAAAAAUUCAACAAAUAUAUGCCAAAUCUAUGAAAAAACAGGAGCUUGUCCAAAUGAUUAUUUUCCAAAAUGCUGCCCUUUCAAACACCCGAUUAAAUUAAUGAGUAGGUGCUUAGUUUUUCAUCAUUUAUAUCCAAAUCCAGACUAUUUCGCUUCAUUUCUACCAAAAAACGAACAAACAAUGAUAAAAACAAGAAACCUGCAAUCUAUGAUCGACUCUUUCUUCUUAGAUGUAUACGCAGAAUUCAAGCAAUUCGGAAACGUACAAGAUAUUGUAAUUGCGUCUAAUCUUACAGAACAUUUAUAUGGAAAUGUAUAUGUUAGAUUUAAUGAACCAGAUGAAGCAUUGGCAUGUCACAAAGCUCUUCAAGGAAGAUUUUAUGCUGGUAGAAAAGUUACAUCAUCGUUAAUAUUUUUUGACAAACUUUCUUCACUAAUAUGCGUUUCCAAACAAAGCGGCAAAUGCUUUCAUGGACAAUGUUGCCCUUAUGUUCAUCCAUUGCAAAUAUCAAGAGAUGUUUUUAAUCAAGCUUUUCCAAGAAUUUUACUUUCUACGCCAUCAGCCCUUUUAACAAAUACACCAGAUGAUUAUGUUUCAGAUCCAAAUAUGGUUGUUUAA